AAAGAGAAACCCCCUCACCCAGCUAAACAAAAUCCCUCUACACUAUUUUCUCUCACGCAAAAUGGCCUCUUAACGAAAACACAAAUCCCCCUCUCUCUCUCUCUAAAUUUUUGCUUCCUCUCUCCUAACAAACGCUAACGUGCGCCUAUGGAGAACUACCCGUACAACUCCUCCUACCCGGAGUCCGGCGACUCCUCCCCCCGCUCUCGCGAGAUCGACUUCGAGAAUCCGCCGCCGUGGGAGGAUUCGCAGGGGAACCAGCCGCUGCCGAAUUACAAGGUCAAGUUCAUGUGCAGCUACGGCGGGAAGAUCCACCCGCGCCCUCACGACAACCAGCUAUCGUACAUCGGAGGCGAGACGAAGAUCCUCUCCGUCGAUCGCAGCAUCAAAUUCGCCUCUCUGCUCCCCAAGCUCACCGCGCUCUGCGAUUGCGACAGCAUCUCCUUCAAGUACCAGCUCCCCGGCGAAGAUCUCGACGCCUUGAUUUCCGUCACGAACGACGACGAUCUGGAGCACAUGAUGCACGAGUACGAGCGGCUGUACCGGAUUUCGCCGAAGCCGACGCGGUUGAGGAUUUUCAUUUUCCCGACGCUGAAUCAGAGCUUGAGCUCGUCGACUAGGAGUUUUGGCUCCGAUGAUGUUAAAUCGGAGAAGGAGAGGUUCGUGGAGGCGUUGAAUUCUGCGCCGAUCGUCACUGCGCAGCCGCAUACGGUGGCGGCAGCGGCUCCGCUGCCGCAGCAGCCGCCGCCUGGUAACGCCGAUUUCCUGUUUGGAUUUGAGAAAGCGAAUGCAAUGGCGCCGCAGCCGCCGAUUCAGCAACAGAUGAUGGGGAGAGCUCCGGAGAUGGAGGAUCCGGUGUUCCUUCAAGCACAGGAUGAGCGGUCGAUUGCGAUGGAUCCGAUCCAGAAGCAUAUUCAGGAUCUGCAGCGGCUGAGGCUGGAGGAGCAGCAGCAAGGAGUCUACCGAAGAAAAAGCGACGAUAAUCUCUCCGGCGGCUAUCCAGCCGCCGAGUACUACAAAUUGCCGGAGAAAACUCCUCCGCCGGUUCCUCACUGGCCUGACAACAGGCAGAUCCCCGGUGGAAUGUUCCCGGCGAGCACCGAGCAGCCGGUUUACAUGAUCCAGACGCCGGCGGGUGCGUACCACGCGCCGAUGAUGAGGCCGAUGGCCGGAGCUCCGCCGCAGGGCUACUACGCCGUUCAGCGCAUGCCGCCGGAGCAGCAGCAGCAGAUGUACAAUGUGAUUCCGCAGCAGCAGCAGAAGGCGGCGGGAUAUUCCGAGGGUUUCGGGAUGGUGAGAGGGGUGGCGGAGGCAGGGUACGCGCAGGUGGCGUAUGAUGUGGGGGCGGGGAGGCAGGUGUUGUAUACCACGACGCAGGGGGGGGUGAUGGGGGCGGCGCCGUCGCAGUAUCAAGGCGUGGUGAGCGGCGGAGAGAUGAGGACAGCUGGAGGGUAUAAUCCGGAUGUAGGUGGGAAAGGUGUCCCCAAAGUUACGCAAACUUUGUGAUUUUGGUCAAUAAUUGUGCUGUUACUAUUGAAAACCCAUUAAACCUUAGUUUUAUUGGAUAAUAAUAAUAAUGAUUUGAGUGAUGUAUUUAUAUGCUAUGUAUAUAUAUGCUGUGUGUUUAUGUUU